UUGACUCUCGCCGAGAAAAGGGAAAGCAAAUGGACCAGGCGGCAGAAAUGGAGAGCAGACGGACUGGGAGGGUGAACGAAAAUGUUGAAGAGACAUGGCGUGGCAGCACAACAAAAUAAGGAGAUCUCAGUUGAUCGAAAGGAGUUCUCUGAAGAACAAAGCCAAGUUUGAGGAGUCGAGCUAACUGUCUGGAGGAUUUUCAUUUCGCUCUGGUCUCGUAAUCAGUGCGCACAACGCUUGUGUUGGGCAGUAUCUGCAGAGAGAAGUCUGUGGCUAACAACCCAGUCUGACAGCACACAAAAAGGUAGCUCAGUAUGAGUCGAGAUGUGUGGACAAAGAAGAAAGCCAAUGCCAGUGGUGACAAUGGUUGGGCUGAAAGGGGCGGCUACAUGGCCGCCAAAGUUUCGAAGCUGGACGAGCAGUUUAAACUCGAUGCACCCAGAGAAAAACAGAAGGAAGGUUCCUGCUCCAACAUUUUCAGUGGAGUAUCCAUCUAUGUCAACGGAUACACAGAUCCAAGCGCAGAUGAACUACGCAGACUGAUGAUGCUGCAUGGCGGCCAGUUCCACGUCUACUACUCUCGCUCCAAGACCACCCACAUCAUCGCCAAUAACUUACCCAACACCAAAAUUCAGGAGCUCAAAGGGGAAAAGGUCAUCAGGCCAGAGUGGAUCACUGACAGUAUCAAGGCUGGGCGUCUCCUGCCUUACCUACAGUACCAGCUGUAUGCUAAACAGAAAGGCCCACUCUUCCCUGGCAUGACUCUGCGUCAGACCUCAGAGAUCGCAGGACCCAGCCACGGGCUGCUGCAGCCGAGCGUCCAUCAAAAGCUUCACCUGCCACAGCGCAGCUUUCAGCACUCUGUCCUCAACCAUGAGCAGUCUUCAUCCAGCUGCCAGAAUAACUCCAUCCCUCACCCCAGCCACAGUCAACUUCACCAAGGCAACAUCCAACCUCAGUCCACCCAGCACGGAUCUGCAGCUUGUUUCAUUAACCCCCAACCAAGUCGCUUAGCAUCCUGUCACAUCAAUACAGAUCCCAGGCACAGAAGUCCUUUACACACCUCUAACCCAAGCCCCACAAAGCACCCACACAAACCCUCACAGUCUACUCUUCAAACACCUCAUCCCAAUCUCCAGCACCAGAGAACUGGCCAACCACAACCUCAGAUCCACUUUUCUUGCAACAGUGCCCGAAGUGGCUGCAAGGAGGUGGAAUUAAAAAUAAACGGAUUAUUGCAGACCUCAUUGGAUGUGAUGAGCCAUUCAAAAAUAAAUGAAAUGCAAGAGUGUGGCAAAGAAGAUCCUCUCCCACAGGUGGUGAAGGAAGCACCCCUGACCAAUGGACACACUCACCUUGUUAAUGGUGCCUUAAAGCCAGAGGACCUCUCCCCUGUUACAGAUAAACCCUCUGUUGACAAGAAACUGCCUGAAUGCAGAGUCAAGAGUUCAGAGGAUAAACCUCAGAGUCAUCCAGUGCAGUUUCCGACCAAACAUGACCCAUAUGAGUUUCCCCACAGUCCUCCAAAGCGAUCAGACCAGUCUCCUGUCUUUCUGGAGCAAUCCAGCUCACAGGAAGCACACGAGCAGAGACCUAAACCCCCACCCCAAACCUACCAGGAGGCUAUAAAAGCCACCGAAAACCACCUACUGCUAAAACAGCUCCAGCCAUCUUGUCCAGUUGAUUCAAAUCCUGAAAAGACUCCUCUUUCACCUGCAUCUCGCUCUCUCUCACAUUCUCCAGUUCGACUGAACGGAAGUCACCACAAUGCCUUUUCAUCUGACUCAGCCUCGCUAACUCCCACUGAAAAGUCAUCAUCAUCAUCAUCAUCUAAGUCUUCAGUGCAUCUGCUGGCACAGACAGGCGAUUUGAUCUCCGAGUUCUACUCUCACUCACGUUUACACCAGAUCUCCACUUGGAGGACUGGCUUUUCUGAGUAUGUCAAUGAACUGCACAGUAAAAGAAGAGCAGUGGGGGGCACCUCCUUUUCUGGAAAAGACAGACUGAGGAAAUCUAUUGCCCAGCGCUCUGCAGAGAGUCAAGGUACAUCGGCCCCCGCAAGUGUUAAAUCUUGUAUUUUUCACGUGGACAUGGACUGUUUCUUUGUGUCUGUGGGGAUCCGACAUCGGCCGGAGCUCAAAGGAAAGCCUGUGGCUGUGACCAGUAACCGUGGAGAGGGCAGAGUGCCCCGGAGGGCUGGGGCCAACCCUCAGCUGGAGCUGCAGUACUACCAGAGGAAACAAACUCAUCCUCAGUCUGAGAGGGCAGAUGAGGAUCUAUACAGAACUCCUUCACAAGAGAGUCCUGACUCCCAUGUUAACGGAGUGGACCAAGAUGUUGCUGCUCUCUCAAUGGCAGAGAUUGCAUCCUGCAGUUAUGAGGCUAGGCAGGCGGGUGUGAGGAAUGGGAUGUUUUUUGGCAAAGCAAAACAGCUGUGUCCCUCUCUGCAGUCUGUCCCAUAUGAUUUUGAGGCCUAUAAAGAGGUGGCUCUCACCAUGUAUGAGACUCUGGCAGGUUAUACCCAUGACAUUGAGGCUCUGAGCUGUGACGAAGUGCUGAUAGACGCUUCUGCCCUGCUAGCGGAGUUGGGCAUCAACCCAGAAGAUUUGGCCAAAGCGAUCAGAGCAGACAUCAAGGAGAAAACAAGCUGCUGUGCUUCAGUGGGCAUGGGGUCCAACAUCCUCUUGGCUCGGCUGGCGACCCGUAAGGCAAAGCCAGAUGGGCAGCACUUCUUAAAGCCGGAAGAAGUGGAUGAUUUUAUUAGGGACCUGCCAGUGACCAGCCUACCAGGUGUUGGGCCUGUAAUGGGCAGAAAGCUGGCUGCUAUGGGUGUAAGGUCAUGUGGGGACCUCCAACAGGUGUCGCUUUCUCAGCUGCAAAAGAAGUUUGGACCCCGGACCGGACAAACCCUGUUCCGAUUCUGCAGGGGGCUAGAUGACCGGCCUGUCCGCUACGAGAAGGAAAGGAAGUCUGUCUCAGCCGAGAUGAACUACAACAUUCGCUUCACUCAGGUUGAUGAGGCAGAGUGUUUCCUGACUAACUUGUCCAUGGAGGUGCAGAAACGUUUACAAGAAGCAGGGCUGCGGGGUCGCAGAGUUACCCUUAAGGUCAUGGUUCGCAAGGUUGGAGCACCACUGGAACCAGCUAAAUACGGUGGUCAUGGCAUAUGUGAUAACCUAGCUAGGACUGUGAUGCUCGCCCAAUCCACUGACAGUGGUCAGCUAAUUGCCGCUGCCGUCAUCAAGCUGUUCCAUGCCAUGAGGUUGCAGGUUCAGGACCUGAGAGGAGUCGGCAUCCAGGUUCAGCUUCUUGAAGGAAAUCACUCUGUCCACAAGGACUCUACGGGCCCCCGGACCCGCUCCAUCAAAGAGAUGUUGCUGGACCAGGAAUUGGGUGCGAGGUCAAGCAAAAGAGAUGCCACUGAUAACAACACACAUCAGGAAAAAACUUCCUCAACAACAGCCCCAUCAUCUGGCUCCUCUCCACAUCCUCUGUCCCCUCCCGAGCCAGUCCCAGGGACAAGCAGAGACCAGCAGGCAAGCAGACAAACUCCUAAGCAUUCUCGAGCACGUCUCAACUUCAGUAUUGAGGUCCCUUCCCCUUCACAGGUGGAUCGUUCUGUGUUGGAGGCCUUGCCUGCAGAGCUGAGGGAACAAGUGGAGCAGUCGUGGAAUAAUCGGGAUGGGAGACCGAGUCGCCCUCAGUCACCCACUCCACAGCCCUCCGCUCCUCUUCCGCAGCCUCCCCCUCUGAAGUCUCGUCCAACCACUCCUCCUCAUCCUCCUACCACUGCUCCUGCACUGUACACUCCACCUGUUGGCACCUUGGUUCUGCAGAUUCCAAAUCAGCCAGACAGUCCGGGGAUUGUACUGGAACUACCAAACUUCUCACAAGUUGAUCCAGAUGUAUUUGCUGCCCUUCCCAAAGAGCUGCAGGAGGAACUGAAGUCUGCCUACAACCGCGUUACAAGUCUCCAGCCCCAGGCAAAACUGUCAGUGGAGCAGAAGAAUCCACUGUUGCAGUUAAAGCAGUCAGGAAUUGGCAUUGGUAGGGUUAAGAGGCGCUACAAGCGAAAAAAUGCUGUGAGCCCAGUUAAAAAAGGUCCUUCUCCUGUCAAGAGGCGCCACACGACAAACAGCCCAGCCAAAACCCUACCACCUACUGUAAAAUCACGGGAACCAAUGAACAUAAUAAAGACGGAAAACGGUCCCUGCACAUCGACCUCAAAACCAGAAAUCCCAGAGACUGUGUCCAAAUUCAUUCCUCGCCCCGCUCCAGCGUUGGCCGGAGCCUGUGACCUGACGGACAUUAAAACACUCCUACGGGAGUGGGUCACCACCAUAACAGAACCCAUGGAGGAGGACAUCCUGCAAGUGGUUAAAUACUGCACUGAUCUGAUUGACGAUAAAGAUCUAGAGAAGUUGGAUUUAAUUAUAAAAUAUAUGAAAAGGCUUAUGCAGCAGUCGGUGGAGUCUGUUUGGAGUAUGGCUUUCGACUUCAUCCUAGACAACGUGCAGGUGGUUGUGCAGCAGGCUUAUGGUAGCACCUUGAAGGUAGCGUGAAGGAGGGGUGACUGUUUUCACUGUGUGUUACCAUUACACCACCACUUUUUGUUCUGCUACUUUCACAAGGCCAUCUGCAAUACUAAUUGUGACGAGUAAAGGAUUAUUUUCCUCCCUCCCAAAUGUGAUUCCACUGCAGCAUCUACCAGAAUGUUCUCAGUGGCCUCCUGAGAGUGAGACACAAAUUAAUGACUUCAUACACACACCUCAUAGCAGUACUUGAUCUUUUAAGGUCCAGUGUGUAACAUUUAGGAGCAUCUAUUGGCAGAAAAAGAAUAUCAUUUUCAUAGGUAUGAUUUUAUUUGUGAAUAAUCACUUGAAUUGUUGUGCUUUUGUUACCGUUUUUAUCUAUAGAGGGAGCAGGUCCUCUUCCACAGAGGCUGCCAUGUUGAACCAUCAUGUUUCUACAGUAGCCCAGAACAGACAAAACAAACACUGGCUCCACACAGGGCCUUUUAUGUUUUUUAUGAGAGUCACCACCACCAUAAGUUCUCCUACACACUUGGAAGGCGGGGGUUGGGUUGCCGGGGUAUUUCGAUGGUUGAAAUCUGCAAUAAACCUUUUAGAUACCACUGAAUCUACACACUGGACCAUUUUAAAGGACAAGCAACACUAACUGAAAAGCAGGAAAUGUACUUAGAAUCUACACACCAAAACCCAGAACAGUGAUAAUCGUAGCAGCAUUUUGCGAACUCAUCCGUUUUCAUAUGGAGUUCUUUUUUAAAUAACACUCAUAUUUGUUUUCAAAUGUAUGUGGAUUUUUAUAUGAAGAUUUUUUGCAGGCAGUGCUUAACUCUUUUGUAUACAUGCAGUCUAAGCCAGGCCUUAAAGAUUUUAAAUGUAACUCCUGGUGAGCAUUUUCCAGCUGAUAAGUUCCCUUAUGUGUUGCUAAGGUUUAAAUAAUGUUACACAGGCACAUUUUGAGUUUUAUUUUUGAUUCAUUAAAGCAGUUAAAUCAGUCUAGGUUUAAAAUAAUGACUGUGGUAAACACAAUCAUGUUUAAACUGAUUUUAGAAUCAGUUAGUGUUGUAGCACUCCUCAGCCAUCAGACUUGAGAUAAUCCUAGAAAUGGAAGGAAUAAGAUAUCUUAUUUUUCAUCAGUGUUCCUUUGGUGCUCCAUGCCACUUGUUACUGACCUGACAAAAAAGCAAGCAAAACAUAGUUUGCUGCAUACAGUUGUAUCUUUUUCUUGUUUCUCGCAAAAAAGUGCCAAACCCUGUUAUUAUAGUGUGUAAAUAAUGUUUUUAAAGACACUUGUUAAAGGUUUUAAAAGAAAAUAUGUACGUGGAGGGUUUACCUCUUGUAUUGUUUACAUGUAGUGAAUUCUUAGUAACUGUCUUUAAAUUGUAAAUCUUUUCACUCUUUAAUUGUUUGUAAGUGUCCCAACAUGGAAAUCAGAAGGUGGCCAAAGCACUUCACAUGAGGUUAACUGUUGAUUCUCAGUAGCACUCUGAUUUAGGAGGAUGCUGAAGGGGGGUUAUGUCAAUCAAUAAGUAGCCUAUGCAUAUCUUUUCUUUCACUACAAAGUGAGAUGUCCCUUCAAGAUAAUGUAACAUUUCAUACAACCUUUGUAUCUGGAGUAAAUCUUUGUUUCCAGCCCAGUUACCAGUUUCACAAAUCAGAAUAUUUAAAUAAUGCUGGAUUAACUCUGAAACUCAUUGUAUGUACUUGUGUACAUACUGUACAUUGGAGACCUUUGUAUGGCUUGUGUCUACAUUAUUUUAUUUCUGUGAAGUUAACUUUUAUGGUUGGCGAUUAGAAGUACUCGGCAGAUGCGGCUGGCUGGCUGGCUUGUGAUCUCAUCAUGCAAGACGUUAUGUGUGUGGUUUAAAAAGUUUGUUUAAAACAGUCGCUCUAUAUGCAAACCAAAUCCAUCUGUCCUUUUUUAACUUGUUGAAAUGAAUGUAAUUCAGAAUGUGCAAGUCUCCACUCACUUUCAAGAUGUUUGCUUCUCUUCACCUGUCAUAUCUUGCCAGAAGUUAUAAUUGGCCAGUCUUGACUUCUCUAAACUGGCUUGUGCCUGAAGACCUGAAGCUGUGAACUUGUUUGUAAGUUUUCUAAAUCUUGGUAAUAAACUGUAAACUCUGUAUUAA